GUCACUUAUAAAACGACGACGGUCUCGAUAACCUGACCCGCUAUAAAACAUGUCACGACGACGCCGGAACAUGCAGGUCGCUUGCCCCGGGCCUUGCCCGUGAGAUGAGGCCCACGAUUGGUCGCGGCGAUCCAUAACACACGGCUCAAACAAAAUCUUGCUGUGGAGUGACCUGCCGUUCUGCAUGCAUACUGUAUCGGGCUAUCUCACCGGCCACUCUCGUCCAACUCAUUUCCUUCGGACAUCCACAGCACAUCCACAAUCGUCUUGUUUGCAUCGCUCCUCAGCGCCGUCCUGGGCGCCAUCUGUCACACGCUAUCAUCCCGAGCUAUGCGCACUGUGGCCAGGAAUGGGCCAUACGUCGUCCCAUAGGUGUAACGGCCAAGCUCGCUCACAUAAAAAACAUGGCACGAAAUGCCGAUCAUGAUCGCGAUUGCUCCAACCAAUUCUCGCCAGCUUUGUGAGUCGUCGCACUGCGUGGCGUUGUGCUAUCUGGUCCGCUGGCAGUCUGUGGCGCUGGAGAAAAUUAAAACGCUGUCGUGGUCGCUUCUGGCCACGAAAACGGUGUUUCCUUAGAGACUCCUGGUGACCAUAACCGUGACAGCCACACUGACUCGGGUGUUUUUGUUCCCGCUGGUGGAGAGAACUGAGGAUGAAAUAGUUUGUUGAUUGGGCAUGCGGCAUUGCCCCUGUCUAGCUGAUAUGAUAUUCUGCAUGUUUCGCGAUUGUGGCAUAGUUAUUCUUGUACCACCCGCCUCGGCCUUGUCCAACUAGCACAAAGGAGGGGUAGUGGUGCUUGUGCCUUACUUGCUAAGUGGGUGCGCUUUGCCAGUAACCUCAUCCCGUCAUCCCGUCUAAACGAUAAGAUGAGCCUUUGAAAAUCACCGGGUCUUCGGCGACCACCAGGGUGACGGGCUGCAUGUUCUGGCUACACUAUGUCAUUUGUCUGCAAUCAUAAAGAGAUCUAACACUCCUUCCACCGCACAACUAUACACCAGUCCGCCCUGGCUCAUGCCUGUCGCAUCCAGAUAGUCAGUUACUCAAUAUGAGCGACGAUGGAGCUUACGCCUCCAAAUCUCCAACUUGGAUGACGGCGGGUGCAGCGGCAGAGGGUUAUCCUCCGAAAGGGUCCUCUCCGAAAGACUCUUCUAGAAAAAGAUUAUCUCCAAAGGGCUACUCCCCGAAAGGCUCUUCUCCAAAAGGUUACUCUCCAAAACCCGGAUCGGAACAUGAGCGCACCUCGCACUCUCCACCGUCAAUCUACAACAUCCCCCUUGCGGGUUCACCGGGCGCCGAUGCGCCUACAGCUGAAGAGCAGGCUGCCGCAGACGAAGAUGCGGCUGAAGCGCCAGUUCAGGCUGAGAACGGAAUCGCGAUUGACAGCGACCAGGGCUCCUUCUUCGAUGAUGGUUACGAGACGGACUCAAACCCAUCUAUUUCGACGUCCCUCGCGAGCAGCAUGCGUAAUUAUAAGUUCGAGAAUGGGCGUCGCUAUCACCGUUUUCGGGAGGGCAGAUACAAUUUCCCGAAUGAUGAGAUGGAGCAGGAUCGCGAGGACCUAAAACACGCGUUGGUAGUGAAGCUGUGCCAGACGUAUUAUUUUGCGCCUAUUCAUCAUAACAUGCAAAAUAUUUUAGACAUGGGAACAGGGACAGGCAUCUGGGCGAUUGAGGUGGGCGACCAACAUCCCGAAGCCACCGUCCUCGGGGUGGACCUUUCCCCGAUCCAGCCCGAAUGGGUACCACCAAACGUGAAGUUUAUGGUCGACGACAUCGAGAGCCCCUGGAUCCAUCCCCCUAAUCACUUCGAUCUCAUACACUCACGGCACAUCGUCAUGGCUGUCAAAGACUGGCCCCGCCUGCUCCAAAACGCCUACAGACAUCUCAAACCUGGUGGUUGGAUUGAGCUGCAGGAGAUCCACCAUUUCCCCCAGUCGCCCUCCGAUACCCCCCUACCGGCCGAUCUCCCCCUUGUCCAGUUCUGGGACCUCGUCGCACAAGGUCUCGACAACUUGGGCGUCGAUUUCAAGCGCACCCUCUCCCUUGCAUCCAUGGUGCGCGACUGUGGCUACGCCAACGUGACGGAGCGCGUCUUCCACGUGCCAAUCGGGACGUGGCCCAAGAACCGCACGCUGAAGGAGUGCGGAUUAUACUGGAAAACUGUACUUAUGGAAGGGCUGAGCCCGAUCGCGCUGGGCCCGUUUACGCGAGGAUUGGGCUGGUCGCAGGCACAGGUUGAGGCGUUCCUGGUGGGAGUGCGGCAGUGCAUGAAGGAGGGGAAGGAUAAUGCGUUCAUGCCUAUGCAUAUCAUCUAUGCGCAGAGGCCGUGGGAUGAUGUGUGACUGGGCUAUGAACGGGGUGUAUCAAUUUUUUCCGAUCGACGCUGUGAAACAUAAAUUGGGAGCUGGGAAAGGAGGGGUGUACAGAUCAAGGGGUUAUGAAGUGAUAGGGGUAAAGUGCGGGUGCACAGCGUUCGGAAUGGUUUGGAUCACGGCAAUGGUGCAUUCCUCGGCGGCAGGGUGAGGGCAGUGAGCAUGCAAGUAGCCAUUGAAGCAGACAUGGUUGGUAGCGAUGACAGGUCUCGGACCGAGAGCGAUCCCUUACGUCCCGACCGCGCAAGGCAUGUCGGGUGAUGCUCAUACGGGAAAUCGGGUGAUACAGUGACGACGGGAGAUGCGCCAACUAUCCUCAAAUCCGUCAUACCAGAGCCAGCAAAUACCGCAUGGGAAGCCAAAGACAUGCAGAAUGGGUUUCAUCGGGGGACCGACGUAGCCAUAAUACCCCUCAAAGAAUAGAAUUCCUUUUGAAGCCAAAUUGUUUCAAGGCUCGAAAACACAUGAUAAUUCCAACAUGGCCAAGUGGCUUGGUUAAUGCC